AUGACUAUUGGGGUAAGACCAUACGAGAUGCUCCAUGGAAGAAAAUGUAGGUCGCUAAUUCAUUCGGAUGAGACGGGCGAAAGUAAGUAUUUAGGCCUGGAGGCAGUACGAGAAACGAGCGAACUUAUUGCCAAGAUAAGAGUGUGCAUGAUCGCCUCAUUGGAUCGAGAAAAGAGCUAUGCUGAUCCUAAGCAUAAGCACGUUGAGUUCCAAGUGGGAAAUCAUGUAUUCCUCUGUGUUUCGCCUAUGAAAGAAAUCAAGAGGUUUGGCAAGAAAGGAAAGUUAAGUCCUCCAUUUGUUGGACCAUUCGAGAUUUUAGGGAGAAUUGGGAAAGUGGCUUAUAGGUUAGCCAUGCCUCCAGCUUUGUCAAGAGUGCACAUUGUUUUUCAUGUGUCCAUGUUAUGCAAGUAUCUUUCAGACCUGUCUCACAUUAUUAGUUAUGAGGCGUUGGAUAUGCAACUAGAACUAUCAUAUGAAGAAAAGUCAAUAAAGAUUCUUGAUAAGAAAGAAAAAAUAUUAUGGAAUAAGAUGAUAGGGUUAUCCAAGGUCCUUUGGAAAAAUGGCUCUACCGAAGAUGCAACGUGGGAGUUGGAAAUUGAUAUGAAGGAGAAAUACCCAGAGUUGUUCAGGUAA